CGAAAUGAUGAAAUUCUUGCUAGCUAUUCUCUCAUUGGUUCUAAUUACCGGUCUCGUGGAAAGUUUCGAUUUCCACGAGAACGAAUUGGAGACCGAAGAGAAGAUGUGGGAUUUAUACGAGAGGUGGAGGAGCCACCACACUGUCUCGAAGAGCAUAGAUGAUAAGCACAAGCGCUUCAACGUGUUUAAGGCUAACGCUCAUUACGUAAACAAUUUCAAUAAAAAGGACAAUCCUUAUAAGUUGAAAUUGAAUAAAUUUGCGGAUAUGACUAGCCACGAGUUUAAGAGCGUCUAUGCCGGAGCAAAGGUGAAACAUCAUCGUAUGGUCCAAGGAAAUGUACGAGGAAACGGAACAUUUAUGUACGAAAAUGUACGCACCGUUCCGCUCUCCGUUGAUUGGAGGGAGAAAGGAUCCGUCACCGGUGUCAAAGAUCAAGGGCAAUGUGGUAGUUGUUGGGCGUUUUCGACUGUCGUGGCGGUGGAAGGGAUAAAUCAUAUAAAGACGAAUAACUUGGUAUCUUUGUCCGAGCAAGAACUUGUGGAUUGUGACACUGAGCAGAAUCAAGGUUGUAAUGGAGGAUUGAUGGAUUGGGCAUUUGAUUUUAUUAAAAAGAAAGGAGGGAUCACAACAGAGAAAAACUAUCCUUACACAGCUGCAAAUGGAAAGUGUGAUGGCAAAAAGGCGAACUCUCCAGCUGUCGCAAUUGACGGACAUGAAAACGUUCCGAUUAACGACGAAGAAGCGUUGUUGAAAGCAGCGGCUAAUCAGCCUAUAUCGGUUGCUAUAGAUGCUGGAGGUUCUGAUUUCCAGUUCUACUCUGAGGGAGUGUUCACAGGGGAAUGCGGCACAGAACUUGAUCACGGGGUGGCAAUCGUAGGGUACGGAACAACACGCGACGGAACAAAAUACUGGACGGUGAAAAACUCGUGGGGAGGCGAAUGGGGCGAGAAGGGUUACAUUAGGAUGAAACGUGGGACCGAAGCGAAAGAGGGCUUAUGUGGCAUAGCAAUGAUGGCGUCUUAUCCAAUCAAGAACUCAUCAAAUAAUCCCGGAGAAGAUGCUGACUCAUCACUCAACGAUGAACUCUGAGCCACAGUUUCAUUUUCUGAAAACUGUUGAUUCCUUUGAACUAUAUAUCUAAUGAUUAAAUAAAUUGUUCUAUAUAUUAUCAAAC